AUGAGUGAUCUCCACGCCCAGGAGCUGAUUCGAUCGUGCCGGGGCCUCGCGGAAGCGGUAGCGCUGCAUUCCUCGCUGUGCGAUCGAGUGCAUCUCGGCGUCUAUCUCUCCAAUCUGCUCGUCCAGAUGUAUGGGAAAUGCGGGAGCCCCGAUCGCGCGAGGACCGUCUUCGAUGGAAUUCGACUCAAGAAUCGCUUCUCCUGGUCCUUGAUGAUCACGGCGGAUCUGGAGGAAGCCCAAGAACUCUUUCAAAGGAUGCCCGACAAGGAUAUCGUGUCGUACGGUGCCAUGCUGGCGACAUAUGCUGAAAACGGCCAACUGGCGCGAGCCACCGAAAUUUUUAGAACCGUGCCGUACAGGGACAUGCUGAUGUGGACGAGCAUGCUGACAGGGUAUGCCCAGGCUAGGCAAAUGGGCUUGGCGAAGAAUCUGUUUGGUGGCAUGCCCGAAUGGGACAUGGUGAGCUGGACAGCCUUGCUGUGUGGAUAUUCUCAGAACAAUGCCUCGGAAGACGCGUGGCAAGUAUUUACGGCAAUGCCGCGGAGGGAUCUAGUCACCUGGAACGCGAUGCUUGCAGCAUAUGCCCACAGCGGGAAUCUUCUGGAGUUUGAGAGAUGCUUUUGGAAGAUGCCCGAAUGGAGCAUUGCUUCUUGGAACACGAUGCUUGCCGCGUACUUCCAGGCCGGAGAUUUGCAGCGUGCGUCUCAAAUCUAUGACUCGAUGCCGCGACACGAUUUAAUCUCGUCGACUACAAUGCUGGAGGUGUUUUCUCAACUGGGGCAUCUGUUUUCCGCGAGGAAGCUCUUUGAGAAGAUGGAGGAACGAAACUUGAUCUCCUGGACAGUAAUGGUGAGCGCGUAUGGACGGUUGGGAUUUCUUGACGACGCGAAAGCUCUGUUGGAGAGCAUUCCGGAACGAAAUGUGAUGCCUUGUACCGCUAUUCUUGCUUGUUACGCACAAAACGGGCAUCUUGACAAGGCCAGGAGAGUUUUGGACGAGAUGCCCGAGCAUGACGUGGUGCCGUGGAAUGCCAUGCUAGCAGGAUAUAGUCAAGGUGGGAGGCGUGACCUGGCAAGCGAGCUCUUUCAAGAAAUGCGGCUGCAAGGACUCAAAUCCGACCAGAUCUCUUUUACGUGCUUGCUUCUGGGAUUUAGUCACGGCGGAAAGAUGGAGGACGCUUUGAGAUGCUUCCUUUCGAUGCAAAGUGAUGAUGGAUUGGAGCCAGUGUUGCAACAAUACUGCUGCAUGGUGGAUCUCCUGGACAGGGCUGGACGAGAAAAGGAUGCCAGGAAUUUAACUGCGAGCAUUCCCUUCAGGUAG